AUGGGGCUUGACAUUCUCGAGAUUGACCCGGCCACCCCCCACCCUGGCGUCACAAUCGACGGCACUACCGCACAGCGCGAGACAAACGGCGGGUGGGUGACUCUGCGGUCAAAGACGCCGCUGUCAACCACCAACCAUCAGUGGGCCAUUCGAAUUCUCGAUCAAGGUGAAGGCGCAGACGGAUCUGGGCUGAUGAUAGGCCUGCUCCCCCAGCUGAGCGCGCAGAUGGCAAGUGCGACAGGCGGCAAGUACAUUUCUGAACUUGGUGGCUGGUGCAUCUCGCGUGCUGGAGAUACCUAUGGCGCAUGGAAGUGCGACCGGUUCCCCUACUCUACGGACUGCGUUGUUGAGUUUGACUGGGAUGCUGCGACAGGCACCGUGUAUAUGGUGAGCGGGAACAAGAAGGGCACCGGCCAUAUCCCCGGCCUCAAAGAGAGCGACGUGCUGUACCCAGCCGUGUCCAUGUACUACUUGAACCAGAAGGUAGCGUUUGUGUAG